AGGUCGCCAGUACAAGUGCGAUAGCCGAUCAGCGCGCAUGCCCGGCCCGCGCCCGCACGCCUGCGCUCCACGAACUAUCUUUAUCAAUGUUUCGUGAACAGUAAUGCCUACGGAUUCCCGUGUUUUAAAUACCAUAUAUUGUUAAACUCAUAAAUAAUACACUAUGCACGUCCGUUUGUAAUCAGUGGACGACAUUCAAACGUUGCAAGUGUUUCUCAUGUGCAAGUGUACUUGUUUGUCAGUGUUAUUGGUGCUGUUCUUGUUCCUGGACUGCAGGGACUGCUCGGCCAGUGCACAAAAUGAUGCCCCUAGCAAAAUAUCGCUCAACACGGUACAAGCGUGGGCCGUUAAGUUUGGUACUGAGCUAUAUCAUUUCGGAGAAUUUAUUACCAGGAAAAAAGAAGUUCAAGAUAGUUUUAAGUCUGCACAAAUCGAAGCUCGAGAUGGUGAAAAGCUAGUUCAAAGUAUGUCUGAUGACAUUCGCGCUAUGAUGGAACUUAAAAUAAGUGCAGUAAAAAGAAUUGUUGAAGCGGCCGAGAAUAUGGCAUUCGACAAACAAAACGAACAAGUGCCAGAAGAUUUUCAAUUUUACAACAGCAAAGAAAUGGAGGAGCCAUACGAUGAAGUGUCAUUGACUACCACGCCAGAGCCAGAAUUUAAUUUAGAAAACUGGAUUGUCCGACCGCCUACAAAAAAUGCUCAUUUACAAGCCAAUUCACAUUUUUCUAAUAUACCAGUUAAUAUCAAUUUCAGUAGUGUGCACGUCCCGACAAAUGUUUACGCUUGGGCGCCAGAAGUUAUUAAGGGAAUACACUGGUCCGAAGGGCUGGACACACAUUUUAUAAACAAUUACCAAAGUGAUCCUACACUUUCGUGGCAAUAUUUCGGAAGUUCCACUGGCUUCAUGCGGCAUUAUCCUGCAAUGAAAUGGAGAGCAGAUCCGGUAGACAUUUAUGAUUGUCGCACACGCGCUUGGUAUAUGGAAGCUGCCGCUAGCCCAAAGGAUGUAGUCAUUUUAGUUGACCGAAGCGGGUCAAUGACUGGCCAAAGACGAGACAUUGCUAAACACGUAGUAACCAACAUUCUCGAUACAUUGGGCAACAAUGAUUUCGUUAAUGUAAUGACGUUCGCUGACACAGUGGAGGAAAUAGUACCAUGCUUUGAAGAUUCUCUUGUUCAGGCGACUCUGGGUAACCUCCGAGAAUUAAAACUAGCGUUGGAUAAUUUUGAAACAAUGGAAAUAGCGAACUUUUCAGCGGCUUUAACUCGCGCAUUUGAGCUGCUGGAGAUUUAUAGAAACAACAGCGGCGGUGCCAAUUGUAAUCAGGCUAUUAUGUUAGUAACUGAUGGAGUUCCAUACAAUUACAAAGAGAUCUUCGAGAAGUAUAACUGGAAAUAUGAUACUCCAGUGCGGGUGUUCACGUACCUGAUAGGGCGCGAGGUAAAGGUAGCUGAUGUACGCGAGGUUAAAUGGAUGGCUUGUGCAAACAGAGGGUACUAUGUACAUUUGAGUACUCUAGCGGAAGUUCGAGAGAGGGUUCUGGAGCACGUUAAUGUGUUGGCGCGUCCACUCGUGCUGCAGAGGGAGAAACAUCCCGUCGUGUGGACGCCUGUUUAUGCCAAUGUCACCGAUCCGAAAGUGGCAGAUUAUUUGUGGGAGCAACGCGAGAGAGCCGAGCAGAAGGAGCGAUUCAUGAGCCAGCGAAGAGACAAGGCUUUGUUUAACUCCGAAAAGGAACAAGAUCGGCGAUGGAGAAUCACUCAAAUGAAACAGGGCCAGUACAGCGAAUUAGGAAAUUCGCAGUAUCAACUGAUGACAUCAGUCUCAAUGCCAGUUUACGAUCUACGACACAACGAGAACAUCACAGAGAAUGUACUGAUAAAUGAAGCUUACUGGGUAUCAGUUACGAAAGAGAUGCGUAUAGCUAGACUAUUAGGAGUAGCGGGAACAGAUGUACCACUCUCCGAGAUACAAGCAUUAAUGACCCCUUAUAAGAUUGGAGUAAAUGGAUACGCCUUCAUAGUUACCAACAACGGAUAUAUUUUGAUACAUCCUGAUCUGCGGCCUGUGUUUCAACAAAUUUUAAAACCUAGUUACAAUAGCGUUGAUAUGAUUGAAGUGGAACUAUUCGAUGAUGACCGUGGGCCCAGGAACUUCAGCAAGGAAUUAACAACGCUUCGGAAAGAAAUUAUUGAUCAGAAGACAGGAAAUAAAGUGAUGGACGUGAAGUAUCAUCUUGAUGACAUGAAAAGAGUAUCUCGGGCUAAGAAGCAUUAUUUCUGGACAGGAAUCAGCGACUCUCCAUUCACUCUCGUGGUAACCAUACCUGAGAACUACGGACGGCACCGCAUAACUCCGCCGCCGACAGACGACAUACAUCGCCUCUCGCUUACAUCCAAAAAUAUUUCUGCUCGUCAAUACCUGUCUGAUAAAUGGAGUGUUCACCCUGAUUGGAUGUACUGUCGUCAUUACGAACGAACUUUUUCUUCUCCCGAGGAUGAGCUAUUAUACUUUUUGGAGCGAGUAGCAAAGCCAGGAUGGCGUUGGCCAGCAAAACCGCGACCACCCGAGCACCACAAAAACAAGCCCGGACACGAACGUCACAAUAAUGGAACCCCAGAAGCGAAGGAGAGAGGCAAAAUGUCAAACAACACUCCGAGGAAUGAGUAUUACUGUGAUCACGGGUUGAUGCAAGCUUUGGUGUACGAUGCUAGAAAUACAGCGUGGUUUAACAAAAGCAUCUCGGAUUCAGCAUCGGAUGACAAAGCGUCGGAAUUCAUUCAGCGCUUUGGAUACAUCGUGGCGUUCCUCUCGACUCACAGUGGACUGACUCGUUGGCAGACUCACCCCCCAAAAGAACAUGACAAUGAUAGACCAGAAUUCGGCAAACAAUGGCCCCGAUCGAUUAACGAGGUGUGGUAUCGAAGGGCAGUGGAGCAACAUUACGUAGAUCCUCUUAGCUACGUGUACAGCGUAGAUUUGAACACUGAUAAGUAUCCGUUGAACGUCAGCGCGGCCAUGGUGACAGCGUCUCACGCUGUCUUCCACGGUGAUGGUCAUAGGAAAGCGCCGGCCGCAGUCGUCGGCUUUCAAUUCCGACAUGAAAGGCUUAGCGAGUGGUUCGAAAAUAUUACGUCUUCGUGUGAACAUAACAAGGAGUGUGUGACGUGCCUCUCAGACAAUUGGGACUGUUAUUUAGUGGACAAUAACGGAUGGAUAGUUGUGAGCGAAGACGGAAACCAAACUGGACAGUUCUUUGGAAAGAUACGGCCCGAUAUUAUGCUGAGACUGGUGGAGGAAAAAAUAUUCAAGGCAGUGCACGUCGUCGAUUACCAAGCGGUAUGUUUUAGAGAGAAGAAAACAACCAAUCCGGCUUCCAGAUUGCUCACGCCUUUAGAAAAUGUAAGAAUUGUUAUGUCUUGGCUCCUGAUGACAACAAUCUGGUUCUACAAUUCUAUCGCCACGGGCUUGGCGCAAGCAUCUGGUUAUCCUUACGAAGACGAGUAUGUUACACCCACUGUUGCCUACCAGAGCUAUGAGAACGAUGAGGAUACAGACGAUCCCUAUAUGUCGAAGCCGACAAAUAUGAAAAUUCUAGAACGCGACUUCGAGAAACUAGUGCUUAUAAACAGGACUCGACCAACACCUUGCGACAGAGAAAUGUACCUUUACCAACUGGACUACAAUAAUUUAGAGGAGAAAAUGAAUAAGCCAGUGAAGGAUUGCGACCGACCGUUCUACGUACAACUGGUGAACUAUACGAAUAUGCUGAUGGUGGUGGUCGACAAUACCUGCGCGAAGGAGGACGUGCCGACGAUGUCGGUGGACGCCACGGAGGUGCAAUACAAUGAGUCGUUGCCUUGUCUUAAACAUAUGCAUCCCCUGUAUAGAAAGCAACCGACGUCUUGCAUAAGGAAUCAUACUGAUGAGAGCAACAUCGACAUGUGCGGGCGCGGCAACAUGCUCCGGUUCAAUAAAUUCGCAAUACUCUUGUGUGUAUUUGUAACACUCAAAUGGUAAGAAGUGAUCAUUGUGGGAGAAUCGGCUUCAUUCAGUAUUACUGUUUAAAUUAAUGAUUGCUAUGACGGCUAGAGUAAAUUAUUAUACCUUUAUGACAUGCUUAAGAGUGUAGCCAUAAGGGUCGGAAAAGAAAUGGUUAGCCAAUAUUUGUAACUGCCCACCAAAACGCCUUGCAUGAACAAAUGGUAUGAAAAAAAUUCGCAACUAUUUGUACAUGACUUUAAUUAAAUACUCCAUGGAUUUUAUUCCUGCGCUGAACUGAUCAACAUUUUAAACACGCGAUGGUAGCAUUAAGGAAAUAACUUAGUCAAACAUUACCACUAGAAACCAUAUCUCUUUUACCAGGGUAACGAUGUGUCAUUUUAAAAUUAUUAUAUGUCAAGUAAAGUAUUUUUAAUGUAUAAAAUUUCUUGCUCAGUAAACUUGUCGGCAAGUGUUCUAAUAUCUUGGCUACACUCAAAUUUAUUAAUGUAAGGGCCAUCUGCAUCAACAAUAGUAAGUGUGAACCAUUAAAAUUUUUAAAACCUGACGUCCCCAUUUUGUGACGACGUAAUUUUUGAAUUUUGAUUUCGUGUGACGUUAGAGCUUGAGUUUUAACCGGAAAGGCAUGAGCCACGGGUAAUGUAAAUAUAGGCAUAAAUGACAGCAGAAUUAAAUCUAGCUUUGGUCUAUGGCUGCUUAAUUUUGUUAGUAUCAUCAUAAUACAAGCCCUGUAUUAUAUACCGGCCAUUGCUGAGCACGGAUAUUCUCUACUACUAAAAAGGUUUAGGUCUUGGUACACCACGCUGGUCUAGGGCCGACCUUCGAAAUUCUUUUAUGGACUAUUAUAUUCUUCACUAUAAAGCGUACGAUUAUAAUUUAUAAACAAUGCAUACAUAACUUCGAAAAGUUAGAGGUGUGUGCGUUGAGUUUCGAACUUGCGUUAUACGUCUCGGUAGAUUGUUUCAUUUCCAACUAGGCUACCGUGCACUUGCUGGUAUAAAUGGCCCUGUAUUCUCAGUAAACGCUGAAUAAAAGAAUUGGAUUUAAGGAACCAACAACAACAACAAUGUAUAUCAUAAGAUUGUUUUCAAUUCAGACUUUUAAAUAUUUUGUUGUAGUAUCAAAUGUCUAUAAAUAAGAGACUUAUAUCUUUUAAUAUUUUUUUCUUUAGAUAAUAGAUAAAUAUAUUUGUCAUUUGAAAUAAUAACAUGUCAUUCCUACAUAUCACAGAGUAGUUAAAUGUAAUAUAUUCCGAUGGUGCCACUAAUAGGAACCAAAUUAUUCAUAUCAGUUUUUUUAUUAUUCAUAUCAGUGGCGCUCUUCGAUUAAACAGAAAUUUCAUAGUGCUCUACUAAUUAAUACUGUUAAAAAUAUAUAAACGUAUCUGACAUUGCAAUUAACCGUUUCACUAGUGCCUUUAGUGGUGUUAGAAGAUCAUCAAGUGUUAUCUAAUGAGUUGGUAACUUUCUUCAUGUUUACUUAGCAUAUCAGUGCGGACUACAACUAACAAGUACGAAUUUUGCAUAACUUAAUAAACAGAACUUAGUGACCAGAAAUUGGAUGUGACUUUAUUAAUUGUAAGUGGUGGUGUUAAAAACAAAAGAAUCAGAAGUGUUUUUUUAUACUUUGUUCUACUCGUAAAUCUACAUUGGCGGUUAUAACAGAAGCCGUUUUUUAUUUGAAUUGGUUCGAACGUUGCCGCCAUCUAUUGUAUUCAUUGAAAAAUUAACUUUUAUUACAUUCAAUAUUUUAUAUCUUCUACUCGUUGACAGAGGGAGCUGUUUAUAAUUUUGAUUUAUUCGACAUUGAUUUUAAAUAAAAUAAAAAUGUCGAAAUUGAACAAAUUUGGAUGCUGCUCGAGUCAAUCACCUUCUCUGAAUUGUCUGACAUGCUAUGAAUGUAAGAUUAAAUACCAUUUUGAAUGCAUUGAAGGACCGAAGAAAACAAAACAGUUCAGAGAUCUAACUAGGGACUUCAAAUCAUCUUGGAUUUGCUUAGCAUGUGCAAAAAAGAAAUCUUUUACCAGCCAGAUCAACCUGUCAACUUGCAGCCCAUCAUCUAACUCCGAAGCAUCGAAUAUAACGUUACGAAAAAAAGUGUAUUCAACACAUCGGCCUGCUAAUAAUGACCUUAGGCAGGAACUUCGCGAUGAUAUGGCUUCUUUAUUGGAUGACUUUAAAAUCAACAUCCUUCAUCAGUUCGACCUUCACAUUAAUGAGGUAUUGAGUAGAUUAUCUCAGGUUGAUGAGAGCCUUCACUGUUUACAACACAACUACGAACAGGUGCAAAAGAUCUUGAAUUGAAGGAAGAUCGGAUAAGAUGUUUAGAAACGGAGAAUCUCGAACUCAAGAAAGACCUGUCUAGCCUCAGUAUCCGCCUUACCCAAAUGGAACAACAUUCCCGAGCUAGUAACCUUGAGAUACAAUGCAUACCGGAACAUAAAGCUGAAAAUUUGUUCAAAACUGUUCAACAAAUCGCCAAUACAAUUCAUUAUAACUUAAAUGAGACAGACUUACAUCUUUGUACCCGUAUAUCUAAGGUCAAUCGGGAUAGCAAGCGUCCUCGCUCUGUGUUGGUGAAAUUUAGCUGUCCUAGAAUCAGAAAUGACUUUCUUGCAGCUGCCAUCACUUUCAACAAGAGAGCAUCCACAAAUAUGGAUAAAUUAAACAGUACCCACCUUGGAAUAGCGGGAGAGCGGCGUGCGGUGUAUAUAAACGAACAUCUGUCUCCAACUAUGAAAAGUGUACAUGCAGCGGCAAGAAUGAAAGCCAGAGAACUUAAUUACAAGUUUGUAUGGAUUAAGGACGGUUUAGUUUAUAUGCGCAAAAAUGAGUCAUCUGAUUAUAAACUAAUUAAAACAAUUGAAGCUUUAUCCAAACUGGAGUAAGUGAUAGUAGAAUAGCUCUGUUAUGUUUGUUUUGUUUAUUUCUGAUUUUGACUGAUAAUCUAUAUUAUAUUUUAUUUUAUUCUUAAUUAUUAUAAUGUAUUCGGUACUGUUUAGCUGUAGUCCGCACCCAUGUGUGCUUUUUCUAAUAUGAUCUCAGAUUUUUUUAAUUUAUCAUGUUAUUACCAGAAUGUUAGAGGCCUUAGGUUAAGUACUAUUAAGGUUCAGCAGCAAAUUCAAAAAAAUUACUUUGACAUAAUUGUAUUCACUGAAACGUGGCUUAAUGACAGUAUUUUUAGUUUAGAAGUGUUCGACGACAGGUAUGAUGUGUACAGACGAGACAGGGAAAGCUCUAAUUUUUUUAAUCAUAGGGCAAAGGGAGGCGGUGUUUUGAUAGCUAUUAAUAAGAAAUUUACAUCUCACCGUUUAUCUAAUUUAGAAAGUGAUUGCGAGGAUAUAUGGGUUAAAAUCCAUCUUAACAACUGCGGGCUGGCCCUGAACUUGUGCGCUGUUUACUUACCUCCACCAGUAACUCAAAUACACUUAGAUAAUUACCUUAACAAAUGCAAUUACGCAUUUGAAUUCCAAGUCAAUACAGUCAUUGUUGGUGAUUUUAACUUAGGUGGUAUAAAUUGGGUAUUUAAUAGUGACAAUGGUUAUGCUACUCCAAGUAAUUAUUCUAAUUGUCAAAUUAAAAGUAGCUUGAUAGAUUUUAUGUCUUUGAAUGACAUUACUCAACAUAAUCAGGUUUCUAACAACAGCGGCAAAAUUCUUGACCUUGUGCUCAGUAAUAUGAGUAGUAAUGUGAAGGUAACACACUGUCCU